AUGACGUCACCCGGCGGCUCGGUGGUCUCUGGUCGGGCUCAGGUCCGGAUCGAUCAUCUCCGUCUCCUGCCGACGGAACCCGGAAGCAGCCGACGCGCUCCGGAGUCACCUGACCGCUGUCCCGCUGCUCAUUGGCUGAGGCGACCACGUGACGUCAGAGGAGCGGACGGCAGCACGAACAGGAUCUGCACGUGUCCCGAUGCGGAUCUGCUCCGAACUGGAACAUGUCUGAAGAGGUUCCACAUGAGGGGGGGCCACCGCAGUCCGCCCAGUCUACAUCCCAGUCCAGUCCAGUCCACCCAGUCCACCCAAUCCCAGGUCCAGUCUACCCAGUCUACCCAGUCUACCCAGUCCCCAUCCCAGGCCCAGUCCGCCCAGUCUACCCAGUCCCCAUCCCAGGCCCAGUCCGCCCAGUCUACCCAGUCCCCAUCCCAGGCCCAGUCCGCCCAGUCCACCCAGUCCCCAUCCCAGGUCCAGUCCAAGUCCCAGUCCCAGCCCGGGUCCAGUUCCUCCAGCGGGCCGGCCUCAGCCAGCCAGUCCUCCAGCGGGUCUGGGACUGUGAGCAGCGUGGACACCCUCCCCGUCCCCCUGUCCUCCGUCCCCGAGGAGCCCGAGCCUCAACCCUGGGCCCGCCUGCUGCCCAUGGCGCCGGGCUUCAGGAGCCUGGACUGCUUUGAGGACCAGUACCUGUUUGGACGGGACUCUCAGUGUAACUAUGUUCUGAAUGAUCCGAACGAAAUCAGAUCCAAAAGGUUCAGAAUCUACAGCAAGAAACACUUCAGGAUCUACAGAGAGGGCAGCGAGGUCUUCGUGGUGGACUACAGUAACAACGGGACCUUUGUAGACGGGCUCCGUAUCGGUAAAGACCUGAAGCUUCCUCUGGUCAACAACGCCGUCAUCUCUCUGGCUGAACAACGGAACAAAGUCUUUGUCUUCAUCGAUCUGAUGUCAGACCAUCAGUCCAGUUUACCUAAAGAGCUUCAGGAGAAAUAUCUGCUGACGCGACGCAUCGGCACAGGAGUGUGUGGGGAAGUCAAACUGGCCUUUGAGAGAUCCUCCUGCAGGAAGUUUGCUGUGAAAAUAAUAAACAAGAAGAACUUUCAGUCUGAAGGGACAGCGGCACGUAACGCGCAGACAGAGAUCGAGAUUCUGCAGAGAGUGGAUCACCCUUGUCUCAUAAAGACAGAGGACUUCUAUCAGACGGAGGACAGUUAUUACAUCGUGUUGGAGCUGAUGGAGGGAGGAGAGUUGUUCCAGAGAGUGAAGUCUCAGCAGCAGCUCGAUGAAUCCAUCACCAAACUUUAUUUCUAUCAGAUGCUGAAAGCCGUCCAGUACCUCCACAGUAAAGGGAUCAUCCACAGAGACCUGAAACCAGAGAACAUCCUUCUGUCCUCACAGGACGACGUCUGUCUCAUCAAGGUGACGGACUUUAACCAGUCCAGGAUCCUGGAGGAGACCCUGUUGAUGAGGACUCUGUGUGGGACUCCUUCCUACCUGGCUCCUGAGGUCUUCACUCACGCCUCCACCACGGGAUACAGCCUCGCCGUGGACGCAUGGAGCCUCGGAGUCCUGCUGUUUGUGUGUCUGUGUGGUUAUCCCCCCUUCCAUGAUAGUUUUGGUCGUCAGUCGAUCAGAGAGCAGAUCAUGAGUGGAGAGUUCACCAUGGUACCGUCCAAGUGGAAGCACAUCUCUGAUCAAGCGAAGGACGUGGUGAGGAAGCUGCUGGUCGUUGACCCCAGCAGGAGGAUGACGAUAGAGGAAGCUCUGCAUCACCCCUGGUUACAGGAUGGUGUGAUGGUGCAAACGGCUCACAGACUCAUGUUCCCCUCUGACGAUGCUGCUGCUGUUGCCACGGAGGCGGUGUCAGCCUCCAGCAGGAAACGAGGACGAGAAGAAGAAGAAGAAGAAGAACAUCAGGCCAAACGGAGCCAAGCCCCGCCCCCUGGCCCAGUGUAGAGAACCAAUCAGAUUCAGACGUUCCUCAGGUCAUGUGACUCCACAUGUUCACUACUGAAACACUGUAAAUAAAAGUUUGUCUUCUA